AUGGCUUCUGCUCCGGCCUCAAGCUCUGUAUACUGCGCCUUGCAAGGUCUCCCUUCUAGUGUAUUUGAUGGAGUAUGCGAGUACCUAACAGCGGCGGGGAAGCUUGGAAAACGUGGCUUAUUCGCAGGCUCCUUGGCUAGUAAGCAGCUCGCUGUCGCGACGUCUGGGUUCCGCCUCCACACGAUAUAUCUCGAGCUGGAUGGCGAGCAGAGACGGAGUGUCCGGGAGACUGAUCACGACGACGACCCGUAUAACACCGCUGUGUGGGCGGACAAUGACGGCAAUGACUUCUGGGCUCUGCCCAUGAAGGCAGUCGAUUUUUGGCCCUUCGGCAGGGUUCCGACCGAGGAAGAAAAUGCAAGGAGAAAAGAAGCCUGGUCUCCCCUAGUCGACUCCAUCCCUAACUUCACUUACCUCCGAGAUGCCGUGUACGGCUGCGGCGCUCAAAUUCCCGCUUCGCUACUUUUAGCUCAGAAAAGCCAUCCGCAGCUUGUCCGCGUGCACGUGCACACUUUCAGUCUACGGAGUCUCUACCCGGCUAGGUCUCAACUUCACGAUAUCGACGCUGACGAAUACCUUCUGGCUACUUCCCCGUGCCCGACCAGCGUGCGGGCUGUAGACUCUUCAUCCGAGUAUAAUUCAGACGGCUACCCUAGCUUCAACCGAGAGGCGCUUCUACACUCGCAAAGGCGCGCUGGAGGUUCUAGCCUUCAGCGGCAACAGGACCGUGUCCUCUUCGACGAUAAUGGACUGGCACAACUAUGUGGACUUCGGCGCGCUACGCUCGCUCCACAUCUGUUCACUCGGUCCCCAUCUAUCUGCACUCCGGGCUCUCGCCGCGAUUUCCAACUCAGAAGGCUUCAAAUCUCUCCGGUGUCUUACCAUGUGACUUAUGUCGCCGAAAGUCAUGAGCAAGGCCAAUGUGACGCUGCCGCUGCCGAGUUCCUAGCUUCGCUGCCACGGCCCCGCGUCGAAGCCCUAUUUCAAGCGUGCCCAGGUCUCGAAGAUCUCGAGCUCCUCGUUCCCAGAUCCCAGGGUAACGAAGACGAGGCACGCAUUUAUAGUGCCAUUGGCGAACUACAUCAAUUGGACCGCGUGAGUCUACGCCUAGACUGUUCUAAGCCAUAUAUUGAUGACCGUGAGGACGGUGAGGACGAAGAAACUGUCAGGCGACUCGGCUAUCCUUCUAAGUACAUUCGAGAAACUUUUAUCAAUGCCGCCGUAGACUCCCAUCUUGCGGAGGACAUCUUCAGCCGCAUCUCCGCUCACGGAAGGCCACGCGCGAUCAAGCUGCGGCCUGUAUUUGUGGGUGAAUUUCGAACAUCUCGAGGGCUGGAUGGCGAGUUUGAGCUCAUUGCCGAUUGCUUGAAGUCGGGACUAGGAGGCGUGCUCCGGGACUACUAUCGGAUUCUCGGCCACGGGAAGUACGACGACUUUUACGUGUCCCAGCCCGCCGCCCUACACGUCGGCUGA